CAUUCGGCACUGUUCUGAAGCAAGCUGUUUGGCUAGUGAUCUGUGAGAAUGUCAAGACGCAGCGGUCGUAUCACACUACAACCCAGAGAUCAAAAUACGACACACGAAGUCAAAGUUACAAGAAAAAGGAAAUCUGAGCAAUGCAACAAAAAUAAAACGCAGGAGGGAACGAAGAAGCAGAGUUAUGAAAUACAGAGUCGGUGGACCCAAGGAGGUGUCAGUCCCUGUGUCCUCGUGGAAACGCCACACAAAGAGCUGGAGACAGCCAGUGACCUGUCUGGCUUUAAGCAGUUUCGCUUCAAAAACCUCUUCGUCAAAUCCUCGCCGUUACCGUGCCUCAGCUGGGCCAGCUCAGACGAUGUGUGGAUUAAGAUGCUGAACAAGGAGCUGAAGUACAUCCACGACAAGAGCUUUGUAGAGCUGCACCCAAAGCUGCAGCCCAAGAUGAGGGCCAUUCUCUUGGACUGGCUUCUCGAGGUGAGCGAGGUGUACACGCUCCACCGGGAGACGUUCUACCUGGCCCAGGACUUCUUCGACAGGUUCAUGCUCACGCAGAAGGACGUCAACAAGAACCGUCUGCAGCUCAUCGGCAUCACCUCCCUCUUCAUCGCCUCCAAGAUUGAGGAAAUUUACCCUCCCAAACUUCGCGAGUUCGCCUAUGUCACGGAUGGAGCCUGCGACGAGGAAGAAAUCCUAGAAAUGGAGCUGAUGAUGUUGAAGGCGCUGAAUUGGGACCUCUGUCCUGAAACGGUCAUCUCGUGGCUGAAGCUGUACAUCCAAGUAGCAUCUCUGAACGACAACCCCAAUUUUCUAGAACCUCAGUUUUCUCAGGAGACUUACAUACAGAUCACCCAGCUUUUAGAUCUGUGUAUACUUGACCUCGCUUCUCUGGACUACCAGUACGGAGUAUUGGCAGCUGCAGCAUUCUGUCACUUCACCUCAUUUGAAGUCGUACAGAAAGCAUCAGGCCUCCCGUGGGACAGCAUAGCAGACUGCGUGAACUGGAUGGCCCCGUUCAUGAGGACGGUCAGUGAGUGCGACCGGGUCCAGCUGAAGGACUUCAAGAAGGUGGCUGCCGACGACCGGCACAACAUCCAGACGCACGUGGACUACCUGGCCAUGCUGAACGAAGCCCAGCAGAAGCAGCAGCAGUGCCUGGCCAGGCUGUCGCCCGUGCCCCCGCCCGCGGGCGGAGUCCUGACGCCCCCCAGCAGCACGGAGAAGCCCUCCAGCCACUGAGCACAGGGAGGCAUCACUCCACCGAUG